AGGUUAUCAAAAAAUUUCCAUGUCGACAGCGCUUCAUGCAUCAUGGGCUAGUGAUUUUCCAUUCGGACUAGCUUGACUUUUUUAUUAUCAUUUCACAGAUCAUUCCGGUUGAUUGAGAGUCGUUCACACGCUUAAUACCUAUGUCUUGUUUUUGCGAGUUUAGAUCUAAUUCUGAUUAGUAUAAUUCACAACUAAAAGAGGAAAAAACAGUAAGCUUCGCCUGUGACCAUCAGUCAUCAGCUCAAGAGUAACCGACAGCGCUUCUCCCGCCAAGCUGCAGCUGCCGGCCGGCUUACUCUUUGCUCGUACACAGGGGUGGUAAUGUACGAACCCCGGUCAACAAUCAUAUUACUGAGUAACACCGUUGGAUUCUUCUGCUGUGAUUUCCUUUCAUUGAGGACAGCAAGUUAUCAGCAUGGUUCGCUUGACGAUUCUGCUUUUAAGCUCGAUCAAGAGUCUUCCAUCAAGAAUGGACCAUUUUUCGAAGUUUUCACCGUCACCCCUCUCAAUAAAGCAAUUCUUGGAUUUCGGUUUGAAAGAUGCUGACGAACACAAAUCCUUCACCUUUCUCCGUCAGGAGCUUCCAGUCCGCAUCUGCAACAUCAUGAAGGAGAUCAACCUCCUGCCUGAAAAGCUGCUGCAGAUGCCUUCCUGCAAAACUGUGCAGGGAUGGUACACACAAUCACUGCAAGAUCUCCUGCAGUUUGUUGAUAGUGACGAUGACCCAGGAACAAUGUAUAGGUUUACAGAUAAGCUGAUAACAAUAAGGAACAGACACGCAAAUGUUGUGGAGACAAUGGCACAGGGAGUGAUGGAGAUGAGGCAGAGCUAUGAGGUCGAGAAUUAUGAGGAAGGCAACAUCCAGUAUUUCUUGGAUCGGUUCUACCUGUCUCGCAUCAGUAUACGAAUGCUCAUCAACCAGCACACACUGAUAUUUGGCUGUGCACCCAAGAGCCACCCAACACACAUAGGCAGCAUCAAUCCAGACUGUGAUGUUGUGGGUGUUAUCAAAGAUGCAUACGAUGGAGCAAAGUAUCUUUGUGAUCAGUACUACCUUGGAUCACCAGAUGUUGAGAUUGAAUGGAUCAAUGCUCGGGAUAAAACAAAUGACAUCAAAAUGGUGUAUGUACCUUCUCAUCUGUACCACAUUUUGUUCGAACUCUUCAAGAAUGCCAUGCGUGCAGUCAUGGAGUAUCAUGGAAAUGACGCAGUCGACUACCCCAAAAUCAAAGUAUUAGUUACCAAGGGGAAGGAGGAUGUCACAAUCAAGCUGAGUGAUCAAGGUGGCGGCAUUCCCAAGUCGCAAAUUGAGAAGAUCUUCAACUACAUGUACUCAACAGCCCCUCAUCCCCCCAAGCCAGGCACCACCACCAUCCCCCCACUGGCAGGAUACGGUUAUGGUCUGCCCAUCUCCAGACUUUACGCCAAAUAUUUCCACGGGGACUUGACACUGACUUCCAUGGAUGGCCAUGGCACGGACGCUGUAGUCUACCUAAAGGUGCUGUCAAGCGAGGCCAAUGAGCUCCUACCAAUCUACAACCGAGCAACGACCCGCAUAUACCAGGCCACCACGCCUGUCAGUGACUGGAGCUCCCCAGCAGGAUACAUACGACCAUUCAGUACACGGCACUAGAACCCCCUCACCCCAAAAAAUACGAAAACUUACUAGACCUAAUCAAUACCCAAACAGAUCGUGCAAUAUGGGAUUUUCAAGUAUGAGUUUACCAGUAUGUGAUUAAUGGGGUGUGUUUGUGCUCAUUGCCAUUUGGAUGCCAUGGUUUCAUUCAAAAUUCAAGUGAAGCAUGAAGGUCUUCAGGUGGGGAAGGCAUUUAUAGAGGAAAGGCAGCCCAACUUUUACGGCCUAGUUUUUAAGAAAUUUGUUGUGGACACCCUUUUUAAUCAGUACCCAACUUUGACAAAUUUUGUGCAACCUCCAGACUGAAUAUUUUGGGUACGUGUGUGCUGAAACAUAUGAAGUUACUUCGGCAAGGGUGUGGUGAAUUUGUUUAAGUAUUCCCACUCAUCAGUCUUAGUAAUUCCAAAGAUACUUGAAAGUUGUGAUCAUCAUCAGUCCAUUCACUUGUUUGGUCAUAGCCAGUUCACAAAUAUGACAGGAUCAACAGUGCCAAAGGAUCAAAAGGAGUGCCAUUUUCACCGUUCAUUUGAUUGGCUCAGGACUUGAUGAUGUCAAAGGUAGUUGACUUUAGGUGACUUGUGACAUUUGACUGACUCAGUUACCACUUUGCCGUAUAACAUUUGGAGUAUUACACACUGUACUAACCACAAACGUAGGUGAUGUACAGACAGCUCUUCACAUAACAGCCCUCAUUCCAAAGAAAAACAUCGGUAGCCAAUUUUGAGAAACUCCUGCUUACGAAGGACUGAUUAUGUUCUGAAAUUGAUAAGACAGUCUCCUGUAAAGACUAACUGCAAAGACACCAAAGAAAUAUGUACUUAGUGAAGCACAAGUUUUCAAAUGUGGCAUAGCUGUAAAGGAAUAACCAUUGUGCUCGCUUCAGCAACCGUGCUCAUUAAUAUUGAAUGGAACCAACAUAACCAAAAAAGAAUUUUGUACCGUCAUUUACAUUAAAUGAUGAAGCAGAAGAAAUAUUGUGUUAAAAAAGCAGGUCACUUGUAGAGCCAGUCCCUGUGUAAUUUUGCUUACAUUUAAACAGUGAACACUGUGUAUGAGCAUAUGCACAGCAGAUUUGGCCAGCAAAAUGGCAACUGGCAGCAUAAAUGUGCUCUUUUUCCCUGCUUUUAUUACUCCAUGCUUGAUUGAAAGCAAAAAUCUGACUGGAUUGAAUAGCCAAAGCCAUGCCAGUAUAGUAGGUGCUACCUCUGAAAUUGUUGCAUACGUUUAUUCUGAAAUAAACAUUCGGUUGAUUUGUAGUUAACAUGAAAUUGUUUAAACUAAAAUGCACUCUGAUGGUGAAUUCUAUUCAUGUUAUGUUACGAAAACUUGUAAAUAUACAUAUAUAUAUUUUAUGUAGUUUAAGUUGUCUUAGUUUUACUACUACUGGUAUAAUUGCAAUGUGUCGAGUUUAUUGAGUGCUCCAAACAUUUUGUGCUUAUAAUGCAGGACAAACAUCAAGUGUACAUGAACAAAAAGCACUCUUAAUUUGUCAAUGCUGUGGCCAGUUCAAACUAAAUUCAUGUUUUGUUUUUACUUCAUUUUGGGGGAAGGGAUGAGAUGUACUGUUGAUCUGAGGUGAACUGGGUUAAAUGAGUUAAAUCUCUUUAUGGUUUUACUUGUUCCUGAGUAAGUUCUUUUUUAAUUUCCACAGCUUUCCAUAUGAAAAGAAUGUACCUGUUGCAUACGUCACGCCAAUCCACAUUCACAACUUUGUAAGACUAAGAUCUUAAUGAACUAAACACUUUUUUAAAAAAGCUUCAACAUUCGACAGUGCUGUACAGUGAGUCAUUGACCGGAUUCACAAGAUUCAUAAAAUGGGGUUUUGUAAUAUACAUCUUGUACCUUUUUUAUGUUGAGAUGACAGGUUGUGUACAGUGAACAAAAACGAGCAGUACUGGGACCAGAAGUCCAUCAUAUUCAAGAGCAAAAAAGCAGGUAGUAGAUAUUGUUUCUACUCGUAAAAGUAUAACCAACCAAGCCACUUCCACUGGUCAAUCUUACUUCUUAUCUUUUUGUCAGGUAUUACCUUAAGUCGAAUGUUUUAUUAUCUAGGAUGAAUAACAAAGCUAAUUUUAGGAAAAGUCCCUCACAGUGUUCCUCCUUAAUCUCGUAAUUUACUUUCAUUCAUUUGUGACAUUCGUAAAAUAAAAUGCAAAAAAAGCAUUGCAUGAAA